AUGUUUAUGGCUAAGGAUGGUGUAAAAAUCCAGAAAACUAUUAAACAAAAAAGAGUUGUGCAAAAGAAGAACUGUAUCUGCAACAGCAAAAACCAAUGCUUUUGUGAUGGAAUAAAAGGCAGUAAGGGAGAAAAGGGCUUUCCUGGUUACCCUGGUCUACCUGGUCAGAUGGGCUUCCAGGGUCCAGAGGGCCCUCCUGGACCACAAGGACCUAAGGGUUUUUCGGGGCCAGUAGGUCCUGCUGGAGCUAAAGGUUCAAGGGGUAAGCCAGGAGUUCCUGGUUACUCUGGUCCUCCAGGUCUUCCGGGUGAACCUGGAAAUGCUGGUCCUCAUGGAUCUCCAGGUAUACCAGGAUGCAAUGGAACAAAGGGUGAUCCAGGUUUUCCAGGACUCUUAGGACCGGGGGGACUUCCAGGAUUACCAGGUCCUAAGGGCAUCAAAGGAGAAAAGGGAACUUCUGAAAAUGGAUUCAAUAAAGGUUAUAGUUCUUCCAAAGGUAAUCCUGGAUUUCCAGGAGUGCCUGGAUCUCCGGGUAAGCCAGGCCUUCAAGGAUUACCUGGGACAAUCGGACCACAAGGCCCUUCCGGUUUUCCAGGCACAGUAGGAAGAGCAGGACCUCCAGGGCCCAAGGGUAUCAUGGGUAUUAAUGUUAUUGGAUCCAAAGGAAUAAAGGGUGAUUGUGGACUAAUAGGUCCUCCUGGACCAUCUGGAACUGUUAUUAUAACAUUAACUGGAGCAGAAAAUACAACGGAAUUAAAAGGAGAUAAAGGAGAUCAAGGUUCUCCAGGAUAUCCUGGACCCCCAGGAGAACCGGGUUUACAUGGUGAUUCCUAUACUAUAAAAGGAGAUCCUGGAGACCCCGGUCAUCAGGGCAGGGCAGGAAAGAAUGGUGCUCCUGGCUCACCUGGUCCACGGGGAGAACAAGGUGAAAAGGGUUUGCUAGGAUUGCCUGGAAAAGUUGGAAUUAAGGGGAUAAAAGGUGAAGUUGGCCCUAUGGGAAACAAAGGUCUAACUGAGUAUUAUGAUGGAAUACCUGGAGCAAAAGGAAAUAAGGGCCUCUUAGGAUUUCCAGGACGUAAAGGUCAGCGUGGACCAAUAGGGCUACAGGGUCCUUUGGGUGCCAUUGGAAGUCCAGGUAUUUCAAGACCUGGUCUAGGAGGUGUGCCAGGUUCUCCAGGCCUCAAAGGAAAGAAAGGAGAGAGAGGACAACCAGGAAUCAAUGCUAUUGGACCACAAGGACAUCCUGGAUUUCCAGGCCUACCAGGCCCAGUAGGAUCAGUAGGUCCUUUAGGACAACCAGGUACAAUAACUUUUGAAAAAGGUCCACAAGGAACUCCUGGAAGCCCAGGAUGCAUAGGUCCUCCAGGCCUAUUAGGAGAUGAUGGAGAAAAAGGUGAAGAAUCAGGCCCAUGUACCGAAUGUACUUAUAUUAUUGGACAACCUGGCCUUGGCGGUAUUGCUGGAGAAGAGGGUCAGCAGGGUAGGAAAGGUGUGGAAGGAAUACUUGGUCCUAAAGGAUUCUCAGGAUCUCCUGGACAUCCAGGGCCUCCUGGAGAUCAAGGAUUUACAGGCCUUCCAGGAAACAAAGGUGUUAAAGGAUCAAAAGGAGAUGCAAACUUAAUGCAUCCAGAAGGUCCCAAAGGAGAUAAUGGAGAACCAGGAAUCAGAGGAAAAACAGGAGAAAAAGGUUUGGAUGGAAUACCUGGGAAACCUGGACAAAAAGGCAAAAAAGGUUCUGCUGGAAUACGGGGAUCAGAUGGUCCAAAAGGUGACAGGGGAUUACCAGGACCUGUUGGCAGCCCAGGUCUUCGUGGUAAGAUAGGGUUAACUGGACCACCAGGAUAUGGACCCCAAGGAAAGAAUGGUUCAAAAGGAUCUGAAGGAAAUCCUGGAUUGCCUGGGUUACCAGGUGUAUCUGGUUCUAAAGGGGACCCUGCUAGAGUAAAGGCAAUUCCUGGACCACCAGGGCUUCAAGGGCCAGAAGGUACACCUGGACUACAAGGAAGAAGAGGUAACAUGGGAUCCAGAGGACAAAGGGGUGACUCAGGUCUUCCUGGAAAAGAUGGAGAUCCAGGCUUAGCAAAGAAUGGAUUUCCUGGUUGUUCUGGUCAGAAAGGGGAUAAAGGAACUCAAGGACCUAAAGGAAUACCUGGUUGUCUAGGAAAAGCAGGGAAACCUGGCUUACCUGGAAAACCUGGAGUGCCAGGAGAAAAGGGUGAACCAGGUCCAGUUAUUCCUGGACAGCAUGGAAGUCUUGGCUUACCAGGAGAAGAGGGAAAGUUCGGUGAAAAGGGUGAAAGAGGAUCAUCAGGUUUACCUGGACCUGCAGGUCAAAAAGGUUUUGAAGGAGCUGAUGGACCAAAAGGGGAGAUUGGAGGUCCUGGAGCUCCAGGAGAAAAAGGUCUUCCAGGAAAAAUGGGCCAGUGUCUCAUUGGUUUACCAGGAACACCAGGUCAAUGUGGAGCAAUGGGACCACAAGGUAGCAGAGGAACAAUAGGGGCCAAAGGAGAUCCAGGUAUUCCAGGAUUAGAUAUCCCAGGAUUUCCAGGACGAUUUGGACUUCCUGGAUCACAAGGCCCUGGAGGAAAUAAAGGAUUGCCUGGCGUCAAAGGACAGUGUGGUAAGCCAGGAAAGCCAGGCACACCAGGUUUCAGAGGAGAAAGAGGUUUGAUGGGACACGUGGGUAGCCCUGGAUUGCCUGGUGUCUCUGGAAAUCCAGGAAUCCCUGGAGGCAGAGGUUCUCCAGGUUUUCCAGGAUCAAAAGGAAGGAAAGGAUCUUUGGGAGAAAAAGGUGAACCAGGUGAUAAAGGUCCUCCUGGGCUAUCAGAAUCCAAAAAGGUCUAUGGAGAUAAAGGAGAGAGAGGAAGUAAAGGACCUCCUGGAAGAACAGGACUCAAGGGAGAAAAGGGUCAGCAAGGUGUGCAAGGAUGUGUGGGUCCUGUUGGACUACCAGGUACUCUACAGCCUCCAGGAGCUAAAGGAGCUAAAGGACUUCCAGGAAUUCCUGGAAUCUAUGGAUUGCCAGGAGUUCCAGGAGACAGAGGGGACAUGGGAAUGGCAGGUUCAAAAGGGCAGCAAGGUUCUUCAGGUGUGCCUGGUUUACCAGGUAUAGCAGGCCCCGCUGGAUUUCCUGGUAUUCAAGGGGAUAAAGGAGAACCUAAACCUGGCACUGGGCCUCCAGGAAACCCAGGACCUAAGGGUAAUCCAGGUCUUCCUGGAGAGAGGGGAAGAAAAGGGACACGUGGAUCACCAGGCCACCCAGGUCUUAUUGGAGAACCUGGACUACCUGGAAACAGAGGCAAUACUGGUUUACCAGGAAUUACAGGACAACCAGGACCUGUAGGCAGUAAUGGUAUUAAAGGUAGCAAAGGACUGCCAGGACAAAAUGGUGUUCAAGGACAUCCAGGUCCAGUUGGAUUGCCUGGUGAAAGUGGAUUAGUUGGUGAAAAGGGUAAUCAAGGACAUGAUGGUACUCAUGGUUCACCUGGGGAAACGGGAGCACAAGGUUCGUCAGGACAACAAAUUCCUGGCCCUAAAGGGCUUCCUGGACCGAAAGGUAUCAAAGGAGAAAUGGGAGUAGCUGGUUUUCCAGGACAAGGCUUUAAAGGUGUUAUGGGAGACCAAGGACCUGGUGGACCUCCUGGUUUACCUGGACCACCAGGACUUCCAGGAAAACCAGGCAAAAUACUUAGCCCCAAAGGAAAUAGAGGUCCUCCUGGCCCAGAUGGAAAUCCAGGUGAUCCUGGUAGCCCAGGACCUGCUGGAGCCCCAGGCUACAGUAUAAAAGGAAACAAGGGUGUCAGAGGAACAGAUGGAAUUCCAGGCCUGCCAGGAAUGAAAGGUGAUGAUGGCCCAUGUGGUAUGCCAGGAAUUGAAGGUAUCCCUGGUUAUCAGGGUCCUGAUGGUGAUCUUGGCUUUCCAGGAUUACCAGGAAUAAAAGGAGAAAAGGGCAAUCGGGGACCACCUGGACCAACCGGAAUAGCAGGGCCUCGAGGGCCAACAGGACUACCAGGUCAGCCUGGACCAUUUGUGAAAGCAGUUUCUUUCCCAGGAGGUCCAGGACCUGCUGGACCUCCAGGAAACCCAGGAAGCCCAGGAGAUCCUGGUCCCCGUGGGUCACCUGGGCUCCCAGGACCUCCUGGUACAAUGGGCCAGCCAGGCCGUCAUGGUAUUCCAGGUAGAACUGGACCACCUGGACCCAAAGGAGAAAAAGGAUUUCAAGGGCAAAAAGGUUUACCUGGAUUGCUUGGAUCUCCUGGUACAAACGGACUUCCUGGAUUCCCAGGAAGCUCCAUAACUAGUCCAGUGAAAAGAGGCUUCAUUUUUUCCAGGCACAGUCAGUCAACAAACAUUCCUACAUGUCCAUCUGGGACAACUCACAUCUAUAGUGGCUACUCUCUUCUUUUUGUUCAAGGAAAUGAACAAGCACAUGGACAAGACCUUGGUACAACUGGCAGCUGUCUUUCAAGAUUUACUACUAUGCCCUUUUUAUUAUGUAAUACCCAAGCAGUCUGCAGAUUUGCUUCUCGCAAUGAUUACUCCUACUGGUUGUCAACAGAAACACCAAUGCCUGAAGAUAUGGCACCAAUUUCUGGAAGAGAUUUAGAGUCCUAUAUUAGCAGAUGUGUUGUCUGCGAAGGUCCAGCAAUGAUGAUAGCAGUCCACAGUCAAAAAACUUCAGUUCCAUCCUGUCCUCAAGGCUGGCAAUCUCUUUGGAAAGGGUUUUCUUUUGUUAUGUAUACGGGUGCAGGCUCAGAAGCUUCUGGACAAGCAUUGGCAUCUCCAGGGUCAUGUUUAGAAAAAUUUCGUGCCCUUCCAUUCAUUGAAUGUCAUGGCCGAGGAACAUGUAAUUACUACUCAAAUUCCUACAGUUUCUGGUUGGCUACGCUAAACUCAAGAAGAAUGUUCAGGAAACCAGUGCCACAGACUCUAAAAGCUGGAAAUAUGGAAAAAAUAAUUAGUCGCUGUCAAGUCUGCAUGAGGAAACCCAACUGAGCAGAACUGUCAUCUGAAAAUGAAGUUCCAGUUUUUUUGCCCACAGAAAAGCCUGAAACUUAACCAAAUGUUUUUAUGAACUUUUAA